CUGAUCUGCAUACUCUCUCAGCUGGACUUGGGGCUACUACUUACUGCAUCUGAAAGGCUGAAACUCACUGGGAAUAAAGAAUUCUUGUAACAAUGCCGGAACCCACCAAGAAAGAGGAGACUGAAACUGAAAAUGCACCACCACCUCCAGAACAAAACCCACCACAGGAGGGUGAAACUGGAAAGGGUAAAGUAUGGUCUCUUGGAGAAGGAGCUCCAGAAGAAACAGAAAAACGUGAUGACUCCCAAAGAUCCACUUUAUUCAUCGAAAAACCUCAGAGUGGUUCAGUGAGUGUUGGUGGGAAUAUUACAUUUAUAGCCAAAGUAGAAGCCAAAGAUCUCCUCCGAAAGCCAAAUGUGAAGUGGUUUAAAGGAAAAUGGAUGGAUCUGGCCAGCAAAGCGGGGAAGCACCUGCAGCUGAAAGAGUCCUUUGAGCGUCACACUAAGAUUCACACAUUUGAGAUGCAUAUCAUUCAAGCUAAGGAAAACUACGCAGGGAACUAUCGCUGUGAAGUAUCUUAUAAGGACAAGUUUGAUAGUUGCUCUUUUGACCUUGAAGUCACUGAAUCUUCCCAAGCUGCUCCAUCCAUUGACAUCAGAUCUGCUUUCAAAAGAAGCGGUGAUGGACAAGACGAUGCAGGAGAACUUGACUUUAGUGGUCUCCUAAAACGUAGGGAGGUUAAACAGCAAGAGGAAGAACCCGAGGUAGAUGUGUGGGAGCUCCUGAAGAAUGCAAAUCCCAGUGAAUAUGAGAAGAUUGCUUUUCAGUAUGGUAUCACUGACCUGAGAGGCAUGUUAAAGCGUCUGAAGCGCAUGCGCAGGGAAGUGAAGAAGAGUGCAGCUUUUGCCAAAGGUCUUGAUCCUGCAUAUCAGGUGGACAAAGGAGGUAAAGUAAGGUUCAUGGUGGAGCUAGCAGAUCCAACAGUGGAACUCAAGUGGUAUAAAAAUGGCCAAGAAAUACGACCAAGUGCAAAAUACAUUUUUGAGCACAAAGGUAACCAGCGCAUUUUAUUCAUCAAUAAUUGUACGAUGACAGAUGAUGCUCGCUAUUAUGUAACAGCUGGUGAUGAGAAAUGCUCCACAGAACUGUUUGUGAGAGAUCCACCAAUUCUAGUGACCAAAGGCCUGGAGGAUACCAGUACCUAUGUUGGUGAACGAGUAGAACUGAGCUGUGAAGUGUCUGAGGAUGAUGCAAAUGUGAAAUGGUUUAAGAAUGGUGUAGAACUUACCAAUGAUCCUAAAUCUCGGUAUCGAAUCAAGGUUGAGGGUAAAAAACACACUUUGAUCAUAGAAGAAGCUGCAAAAAAUGACAAUGCAACUUACUCAGUAAUGACAACUGGAGGCCAAUCCGAAGCCAAGCUUUCAGUUGACUUGAGACCACUGAAGAUAUCACUUGCACUAGAAGACCAGACUGUGAGGCUUGGACAGGAGAUCCACCUGAAGUGUGAGAUAUCUGAGAACGUGCAAGGGAAAUGGUACAAAAAUGGGCAACUGGUUGAAGCUAGUGAUCGUGUAAAGCUUUAUCACAAAGGAAGAAUCCACAGAUUUGUUAUAGCAAGCGCUGCUGUUGAUGAUGAGGGUGAAUAUAUGUUUGUACCAGAUGCCUAUAAUAUUAAUAUUCCAUGCAAAGUACAUGUUGUGGAUCCUCCUAAACUCCACCUGGAUGGUCUUGGGGAAGGUAACACUGUGACAGUAGUGGCAGGAAGCAAACUACGACUUGAGAUCCCCAUCACUGGCGAGCCAACUCCAAAAGUCAUGUGGAGUAAAGGGGACAAGUGGAUCACAGACAGUGGAAGAAUACGGGCAGAAACAUACCCAGACAGCAGCUGUCUGGUCAUUGAUACAGCUGAGAGGGAAGAUUCAGGUCCUUUCAGAAUAACGUUAAAGAACGAGGCUGGAGAAGACACAGCUUUAAUCAACAUUAAAGUGGUUGAUGUCCCUGAUCCUCCUCAGGCACCAAAUGUAACUGAGGUGGGCGAAGACUGGUGUGUUAUGACCUGGGAACCUCCAGCAAAUGAUGGUGGAUCACCCAUCUUAGGAUAUUUCAUUGAAAGGAAAAAGAAACAAAGCUCCAGGUGGAUGAGGUUGAAUUUUGAACUGUGUAAAGAAACAACUUUUGAGCCAAAGAAGAUGAUUGAAGGUGUUGCUUACGAGGUCCGUGUAUUUGCUGUUAAUGCAAUAGGCAUUUCCAAACCAAGUAUGCCUUCGAAGUCCUUUGUUCCUUUAGCUGUUACCAGUCCACCAACUCUCCUGGCAGUGGAUGGAGUGACUGAUACCUCAGUUACGAUGAAAUGGAGGCCACCAGACCACAUCGGAGCGGCAGGGUUAGAUGGCUAUGUUGUAGAGUACUGCUUUGAAGGAAAUAGGUUUAAAAUAUAUGAAGAUACAACAAAAUGGCAGUCAAGUCUGUCAUUUUAUUGUUUCCCACCUCAGCUAAAAUACAAUGGGUACAAUUUUGAAUCUCAUAACUUGAUCAACACGGUGGACUCUUGGAUUUCCUUAACUAUGGUGGCACCUUUGACAGCUCUCUGUGAAUUGCUAACCACUGACAAAAUGCUCCAUCUGUGUGAAAGUGGGUCUCUGAUUAAUUUUAACGAUGGAUUCUCACAAGGUAUAUCGACAGAUCUGUCUGAGGAAUUGGUGGAGCCACCUUUUAACCUGGAAGCUGAUGAAUGGAUCGUGGCUAACCCAGAGCUGACAGACAAAACGAAGUUUACCAUCAAUGGCCUGCCAACUGGCUCAAAAAUCCUUGUGAGAGUAAAAGCUGUGAAUGCUGCUGGUGAAAGUGAGCCCAGGUACCACCCACAGCCUAUUUUAGUCAAGGAAGUGAUAGAACCUCCAAAGAUUCGGCUACCAAGACACUUAAAACAAACCUAUACUCGAAGAGUUGGAGAAACUGUGAAUCUUGUUAUUCCUUUCCAGGGAAAACCAAGGGCAAAAGUAUCAUGGCAGAAAAAUGGUUCUCCAAUCGACAAGAACCAAAUCAACAUCCGCAACACUGAAAAUGACACUAUCAUCUUCAUCCGAAAGGCAGAAAGGAACCACUCUGGAGAAUAUAACAUGAAAGUGGAAGUAGAAAACUUGGAGGACAAAGCUACAAUAGAUAUUCAGAUUGUUGAUCGCCCAGGCCCACCAGAGAUUGUAACUAUUGAGGACGUCUGGGGAGAGAAUGUAAAUUUAUCAUGGAAGCCACCAAAAGAUGAUGGCAAUGCUGCCAUUACUGGGUACACUAUUCAAAAAGCAGAUAAGAAGAGUAUGGAAUGGUUCACAGUAAUGGAGCACUACCACCGCACCAGUGCCACCAUUAACGAGCUGGUCAUAGGAAAUGAGUACUACUUCCGGGUCUUUGCUGAAAACAUGUGCGGCCUCAGCGAGGAUGCAACGAUGACCAAAGAGAGCGCUUUGAUUGCAAAGGAUGGUAAGAUCUACAAAUAUCCAGUUUACGAUGAUUUUGACUUCAGUGAACGGCCGUUGUUUACUCAGCCGCUAGUCAACACGUUUGCUAUAGCCGGUUACAACGCUACUUUGAACUGCAGUGUUCGGGGCAACCCAAAGCCCAAAAUUACCUGGCUGAAAAACAAAGUCAUUAUAAUGAAUGACCCAAAGUACCGAAUGUUUGGCAACCAAGGUGUCUGUACCUUGGAGAUCCGCAAACCCAGUCCCUAUGAUGGAGGAACUUACACCUGCCGAGCAGUCAAUGAGCUUGGAGAGGCAGAAGUUGAUUGCAAACUGGAAGUAAAAGGUGGGCUUUCCUUCUUCAGACUAUUGAUGGAUGGAGUGCCUCCGCAAGUCAUUGAUUCAUAUAUGCGAGAAGUACAGGCAGACAAAACUGAGGGGAAGUGA